UAAUUUAAAGUGUGAAGCUGAUUGGCUACCAAUUGACCAGUCAUCCUCCCCACCUGUCAUACACACACACACACACACAAACUCGCACACAAACUGAGGAACCAAGGAACCUUCGCUGCUGCUCCUGCUGGUCUUUUUCACGAUCAGCCUCUUGAUCUUUAAAGCUUCCCUUCUACAGCAUUCACAGAUAUGGUCUCUCCAGCCAUUGCUCUGGCCUUCCUACCACUGUUGCUGACGCUGAUCAUCCGGUACCGGUACUACUUUGUGCUGCUGUACCGGGCUGUGUUGGUCCGCUGGGUGCAGGAUUUGGUAACUGGGAUCAGCAGGGAGGAGCGGGUAUACCAGUACAUUCUGACACAUGCCACUCCAGGUGAUCCAGAAAGCGUCCUGGACAGCUUUGAUGACUGGUGCAACAAAGUGGAGUUCAUCAGCCAUAUAGGACCUAAGAAAGGUAUGAUCCUGGACAGGCUGCUGAAGGAGCACUGUCCACUGACGGUGCUGGAGCUGGGGACUCACUGUGGCUACACCGCAGUGCGCAUCGCCCGCUCACUCCCUAUUGGAGCACGACUCUUCUCUGUGGAGAUGGACGAGGGGAAUGCCCGGGUCGCCGAGAAGAUCAUCCGCCUCUCAGGGUUCGACGAUGACGCGGUGGAGCUGAUCGUGCGGCCGUCGGAUGAGGUGAUCCCCAGGCUGCGGGAGGAUUACGGCGUGGAGCGGCUGGACUUCGUCUUCAUGGACCACUGGAAGCGCUGCUACCUGCCUGACCUGCAGAUGCUGGAGGGCAGUGGUCUGCUGGGCGAGGGCUCCGUCAUCCUCGCCGACAACGUCAUCUUCCCCGGAGCUCCUAACUUCCUGCGUCACGCUCGCCGCUCCGGCCUGUACGAGCACCGCGUGCACCGCGCCACCCUCGAGUACAUCCGGGGCAUCCGGGAUGGCAUGGCCGAGCUCAUAUACAGAGGAGCAAAGUGACGGACCAGAACCACACAAAAAUUCAACUAGACUUCAUCAGUUUCAUUUUAAAUUCUUGUUAUUUUUUAUUCAUUCUUGUGACUGUUGUACCUUUUGUUUGUUCUCGGCCAAAAGUAAAUAAAUGAACAGAACAGGAAGAGGACAUAGUUAAACUAAUCAAUCGAAGUAUAACUGUGUCC